AUGAGUUCACAGUACAUGGUCUUUGUCACUUCACUCAUUGUUAUCUCAACAGCAUUUCUAAUCAAGUGGAUACCUUUCAUAACAUUCUACCGUCGAGCUCAAGCUGCGAUUUUUGGUUUGUGUUUCUUAGGUGCAAUAACAAGUUUAUGCUUAGCAGUGGUUGAUCAAUUUUUCGUCACUUGUUCUCGUUCGUCAUGGCAGCGAUGGUCGAAUAUCAAGCUUGCUCAUCGUCUUAUGGCAAUCGUAACAAUUCUUUGUUUUCUUGACGCAAUACCGUUUUUCAUCCUUUUCAAUCAUAUGUCUCGUUCAAGUACAACUACUUGUGUAUCAUCAAAUGCUCUUUUUCUUCAAUAUCAUGUUUACGAAAAUUUCAAUUCUCUAAAUCGAAGAGAAUUGGAUAAACAACUGACCAUGAUGGUUCUUGUCGAAAUCGGUGUUUGUACUCUAAUGUUUAUACCAUUUGGAAUAUCUAAUGGAUUUUCUUUGCUGAAUAUCAAUCGUGAUCCAAUCCUUCUCACACAACCGAACUUGAUGAAUACAAUAACUAUCACUUCAUUUGCUUUAACUAGUGAAAAUUCGUUUUUCACAUACAUCCGUGUGUGA